UUUCCAACUGAUAUCAACUUGCUCAUUUGAUCAAAAAACAAUGAAAUUUCAAUGGAUUGGCGUAUUAGUUUUCAUCGGGAUUGUUAACUGUUUAAUUUCAAGUCAAAAGCUAACUGUGAAAGAAAAUGAAGAACGGUUGAAAUCAUGUGGAAACACUUUUCUACCUAUACCUUCAAUCAAUCAAACUGGAAAAGGCUUUGGCUUCUUUAAUGACAAAACUUAUACAUACAACUCCAAGUCUGGAUGGUUACUUCUUGCCGGUCACAAAAAUCGUUCAACACGUGUGUAUGCAACUGCAUUUCCAAUAUCCGAAUAUCACAUUCUAAUUUCAUCUCGAGUUAUGUUAACUGCUGAACACAAGUGGAUAAUGAAUGGAAAACCCUUUGAUAAAAACAACUGCUCAGGUGGAAGACAUUUGGAUGUUCCUCGUGAUGUUCUAGACAAUAUUUUAUUCUGGUAUGGUAAAAAACCCAAAAAGGCAGAUAUUUCGAAGGCCCGAAUGUUCUUCGCUUGUGACAAUCAAGAUUUGAAAGCUUACCCUGUGUUAAUCGAGCUCAACAAGACAUCUAAGCGUCCCUGGGCAUUCAAUGGAGUACCUUGUUUGGCUGAUGAAACUACUAGUUCAAAACUCGGAGAUGUAGUUCAUUUUUAUGGAUAUUCUGACUAUGACUUGCUGCAUCAUAAACUUUUGAUAAAGGCUGUAAAAGAUGGAGGGAUAUGCACGGAGACGUACUAUACAGAGGAAGUUGGUGGUCCAUUGGUACAGAAUGUAUCAGGAAAGGCUACAGUAAUUGGACUCAAGGCUCCAGGUUCGAGGGAAAAUUGUGAACUCUUCUACGAUCUUUCGAAGCUUCAAAAGGAAAUUUGUGAUUAUUCUGGAGUAUGUGGAUAUGAGAAACCAACUCUUACAACGGAGCCCACGCCAGUCACUACUGAAAAAUCUACAGUUUCAACAACCAUUUCUACUUCACUCGAAACGACUAUAAUGCAGGCUUCGUCAGCUUCGCCAACUUCGAUCAAGCCAUCUACGACGACAGAACCAUCGCCUUUGCAAGCUUCAAGCAAGCCAGCUACAGAACCAUUGCUUCGACCUGAAUCGACUAGACGAGCCUCAUCAUCAGCUUCAAGCAAGCCUGAAGUCCAGACAACAAUCCCAACAGAAAUCCGAACUUCUUCUUUGCCAACGCCGUUCCUGAAAACGUCUACAACAGUCACUACGACAACUCCUGAACCUGCAACUGUUGAUUAUGGAGAUGAUCAUGACAUGAUUGGACUGGAUGAUGAGUAUGGUGAUGAGAGCAAUAAAGGAGUAGGAAAAAUAGAUCGAAUUGUUGGAUUUUUUGUGUUAUUGCUGGUGAUCGAAUAAAUGAUUAUUGAU